AUGGAACAAGUCUCGAUCGGCGGCAGCAGAUACUUACUGCUUGUGGUUGACGAAGCCAGCGGUUGCAUGAAGGGCUUCUGUCUGCGGUCCAAGUCUGAGAGUGAAUACUGUAUCAUGAACCACAUUAUCAAGAUUCAAACUCAGUUCGGCACGAAGAUCAAGUUUGUUCGGCACGAUGGAGCGCAUGAAUUUGCGACCAACUCCAUCAAGACCUUCUACGAAGAUCAUGGUAUCGAACAACAGGUCACGGUGCCGUAUGCACACCAGACCAACGGCACCGCAGAACGCGCGAUACGGACCAUCGUCACGAUCGGACGCAUCUUGUUGCAUCAUGCAAAGCUGGAGAAGUGUUUCUGGGCUGAAGCGGCAAUGAAGGCGAUCUACAUCAAGAACCGCCUGCCUUCACCCAAGAUCGACCACAAGACUCCGUUCGAGAUCGUGUACAAGUCGAAACCAAGUGUCAAGCACAUGCGCGUGUUUGGAUGUCGGGCGUUUAUCCUGAAACCAAGGGAGAAGCGAUUGAAGUGGGACCCGAAGGCUCGUGAAGGGAUAUUCAUGGGCUACGAAGAAGCCUCAAAAGCUUAUCGAGUGUACGACAUUGAGGCGGGCCAAGUGGUGAUCAGUCGUGACAUCACCUUCGACGAAUCGACUUUUGACUUUUCGAUGGACCGACCAAGUGACGAUGAUGAAGAUGCGCAGUUGGACCUCGACCUCCUGGCGAUCAACGAGGACGAGUGCGUCAAACCGUCUACAAGAAGACUGGCAAGCGCAAGAGUGAAGCAAGACCCGGCAUGUCACAAACGACGAUCAAGUGCUCCAGAAACGAUGUCUGAUGACGAAGAAGAUGCAAGCGUCUACGAUCAAGAUGACGACUCGACGCCUCCAACAUUUUGGCGUGCAAGUGCAAACGCAAUGGAAGCAACGGACCUAGCAGAACCUGUGACUUUUCAAGACGCGAUCAAUGGUCCUGAUCAAGCUCACUGGCGAAAUGCUGUGAAGGCGGAACUCAAGUCGAUGCAUAUUCUCGGAGUUUUCCGUGCGGCAAAACUGCCAAGAGGCCAAGGCGCGAUCGGCACCAAGUGGGUGUUUAAGAUUAAGCGCAAAGCGGAUGGAUCGGUCGAGAAAUACAAGGCGCGUCUCGUUGCCAAGGGCUUCAAGCAGAAGUACGGCAUCGACUACAAAGAGACGUUUUCGCCCGUGGUCAAGUACGUGACACUGCGUAUGGUGAUCGCGAUCACCAAGUAUUUCGACUGGCCACUGGACCAGCUCGAUGUGGUGACAGCCUUUCUCUACGGAGUGAUGAAGGAGAAGGUGUACUGCGUGAUACCAGAAGGCGUCGAGAUGGAUGGCGACUUCGACUGUCUCGAGUUAGUGAAGGCGAUCUACGGUCUCAAGCAAGCUUCACGUGUGUGGAACGAGACUUUCGACGAGUUCGUAUGCUUUAUCGGUUUCGAAGCGUCGGCGUUCGACCCAUGUCUGUACAUCAAGGUUGUUGACGGUCACUGUGUGCUCGUGCUGGUCUACGUGGAUGACGUGUUGGUCACCGGCAGCUCGCUCGAGUUGAUUGCGCAGACAAAGGCCGACCUCAAGACACGUUUCGAGAUGACCGACAGUGGCAAGUGUACUUUGUACUGGGCAUCGAACUGGUGGACGAAUCGGAUGGCAGCGUGA